GAGCUCAGUGUGGCCUCUUCACUCUUGGGUGGUUUCAAUUGUUCUGCUGGCUCCUUUGUUUUCUGCAGAUAUGAAUUCAAUCACACCAACCGAGGAUUACUGGACUGGUUAUGAUGACUAUCCAGAUUACAACAAUUCACCUGGCACAAGUAAAGUUAGUGCACCUCCAUGCAAGCAGGAUGACAUCUAUGGUUUUGCAAAGAUGUUUUCCCCAGUUGUGUACAGCCUGGUGUUCAUCCUGGCUGUUGUGGGCAAUGUGCUGGUACUGUGCGUGAUCAGACGCUACAAAAGCUCUCAGAACGGUGGAGCCUGUGCCUUCUCCCUGACAGACACCUUCCUCCUUCACCUGGCCAUUUCGGACCUCCUGCUGGCCCUCACCCUUCCCCUGUUUGCAGUGCAGUGGACUCACGAGUGGGUGUUCGGCUGGGCCGUUUGCAAAGUCUCCGGCGCCCUUUUCUCCUUGAACCGCUACAGCGGCAUCCUCUUCUUGGCCUGCAUCAGCUUCGACCGAUACCUGGCCAUCGUCCACGCUAUCAGCUCAGGCUGGAAGCGCAACACCUGCCAUGCCCAGAUUGCGUGCGCGUCCAUCUGGGUGGUGUGCCUCGGCUUGAGCGGGGUGGACUUCGCGUUCACCCAGGUCUCGAAGAUCCCGAUUGGGGGCAACCAAGAGAUGGCCAUGUGCCAGGUGUGGUUCACUGAGAAUCCCGCUCAGUGGCAGGUGGCGAUGCAGUCCGUCAGUGUGAUUCUGGGUUUUUGUCUGCCCCUGCUGAUCAUGCUCUACUGCUACAUUCAUAUCUUCAAGUCUCUGUGCAAUGCCUCUCGUCGCCAAAAGCGAAAGUCUCUCCGCCUCAUCAUCUCCCUGGUGUCUGUGUUCGUCCUCUGCUGGGCCCCGUACAACUGCUUCCAGCUGGCGGACAGUCUGCAGAAGCUGGGGCUGGUGAAAGGGGGUUGCCAGUUCGGCCGUGUGGUGGACAUGGGGAUUGUGAUCACUGAGAGCGUGGGGCUGUCGCACUGCGCCCUCAACCCUCUGCUGUACGGCUUCGUCGGGGUGAAGUUCAGGAGGGAACUGAUCCAAAUGUGUCGGGAGCUGCUGGGACAGAGAGGCCUGCUGAGAAUGAAGGACCUGAGGGAGAGGAAGCUCCGAAAAAUGACAGGAUCGUUCAGCUCUGCAGAAAGUGAAAACACCUCGUACUCUGUCAUGGUGUAACACUGGUUAGAGAUCAGACAACAAAUGUGGUUUUGUGUGUUUGAGAGUUGCACAACACAAAAAAAUUUAAUAAAACUGAAAAGAAAAAAAUGUUCUCAGA